GAAUGUUUUAGUAACCGAUCAAUCCAACCCGGUUGAUGGAUAAUUUCGCCAGGCGUAGUGUUUGGGCAUACCAAUGAUUUUCGUCACUACCACAGCCUCCGCAGCAGUUUUCCUCAAAAAUCGAACUUGAAAUGAAUGAUUGGAAUGUACAGGUGCCAGAAAUACCUAAUUUACAUGAUGAUAGUGCUAUUUCCAGAAAGCCGCGCAAGCAAGCCGCAUGCUUAAGUUGUCGACGCACCAAGACUCGUUGUGUUCGUGAGCCUCCUAAUAUCAAUUGCCAAAGGUGUCGUCAGAAUAACACGGAAUGUCUGGUGCCAGAUUAUCAUGUCGGAAGGCGAAAGGGAAUCAAGAACAAACGGAGUGGACUAGAUAAAGCUGUUCAUCAGCUUGAAAGGGCUAUGAAAAGCUCCAAGAAUGAUAACGUACCCCAGGAAGAACAACGACGUCUACAAUUUCUUCUCUCCGAGGCCGAGAAUCUGGUUUCUGGAAGUACUGGCAAGAUUUCCACGCAGCUUAUGGAGCAGCCAAGCCCUCAAAAUGGCAUGAACCGUGAGUUAUCAGAAGCUACUGAUCUAUCCUCAUCCAGGGCUCAUGAGUCAAUCGUUCAAAUGGAGAUGGGAAAUGCUGCUCUGGAUGAUGCCGAGAAUCCACUCCAGCUCCUGGCUCGGGCAUCAGAUCUUGCAGACACUGCAACCAAGCAAUUGCAUAUGCCGCCUCCGUUUGUAGAAACAGGGGACCUUCGUCGAUUCUUUGGAUCAUUUCAACCACGGCUUGAUGUUGGAAGUGAUAUUGACCCUAUUGACAUUGGGUUGGUGACUCACGAGGAAGUGACUUUGCUGAUAAAAUAGUGAGUCGCGCCUGUAUAGUACUGGGGGUUUCAAUAGUCCGAACAGCAGUUUAUUGGCGAGAAAUGCGUUGUUCUUGAAAUUGCUUAGAACAUACUUCAGUCAGAAUAUGCAACUGGUUUGAAAUAUCAGUCCAAACAGUGUUUUAAACAUCGAAAGCUCUCUAAUUAUAUCGAGUUUGCUCAUCAGAGCUAUUGAAACCCCUUGGAUCUGCCCCCUUGGAUCUAUCAAUGUCACUGAUAUAUUUAAUAGUUUCUAUGCAAAUCUAUCACAUACGAGAUGGGGUCUUGAUCCUUCUGUUCACACGGUAGACUUUGUGCGCUCAAGAUCUGCGCUCCUCAUGACCUCCAUGUUAGCUGCAUCUGCACUUUUCAUUCCUUCAGGAGAGGCCCUAUCGAAGCGUCUUUCCAACCACAGUAAACACCUUGCUCACUAUGUGAUAUCAAAGAGAUACAGAUCGCCAGAAAUUGUUCUCGCGUUCAUGAUAAACAUUCCAUGGAUGUUACCGAAAGAGCAUUGGGCUGAUGACGAGACUUGUUCUUACAUGGCGAUGGCGCACUCUAUAGCCCUUGAUGUAUCUCUAAAUAAGAUCAUCGUACAGAAUACAAACAAUCUUCAAACCACCAUUCCAAAGUCAGACUGCAUUACUGCGAGGAAGGCUCUCGACAUGGACGGUUUCGUUGAAGUUGACCCUAUGACGCGAUGGGGCCAAAAACUGAUUCGCCGGCGUGAAAGAAUAUGGCUUGCUCUAUUUAAUCUUGACAGAGGCGUGUGCUUAGCACGAGGAAGAGCUUUUACUGUUCAAAUAUCUCCCUUCGUUGCAACUUGUGAUGCUUGGCAUAAUUCUACUCUCGCUGAUACCUGGGAUGGAUCAAUAGUAGCUUCAUCUGUUUUAAGGCGAGAUAUUGCUAAAAUCAUUACUUGCAUAAAAGAUACCUGCGACAAAACUGCAUCCACAGUAUUAGAAGGCCAUGACAUUGCUCAGACUCUUCGACAAAUAAUCGAUGACUUUUUCGAUCACUGGUAUUCGACCUGGACUACACAGAUUGGUAGAAACAAAGACUUUCGCCUACCUCCUUAUGUAGAAAUACUCGUUUCUCACACCCGUCUUGCUAUAUACAGUAACGUCCUGAAUUACCCCACCCAAUUUUCGGCUGUCUCUUCUUUCUUUCGUUCGGCUGGUCUGUCAUCUGCGUUAAAUGUUAUGAGAGCUGCUGUUCAGGGAGAACCUCUUCUCAAGUCCAUGCCUAAUAAUACGGCAAUUAUGGUAUCAUUCUCGGCAUGUUUUGCCCUUCACUUGUCCGCGAUGACUGCAAACAAGAAUUCCGGUCUGAGAGAAAGUAUCAAAGUUUUAAUAGAGGAAACCGCAGAUGUCUUGGAGAGAAUAGGAAAUAUCACUCCCCAUAGAAAAGGGAGUUCGGCGUUAUAUGGUAGACACUUGAAAGAAAUCAUUCGAAAUUCCGCAGCAUUGCGAAGAUCUGUUCCAUCAGGUCUCUCUAUUCUCGAUCGUGAACAAGCAGGGCGCAAUACAGGCCAAGAGGCGCAGGAACCAAGACUAGAGCCUGCUUUCAUCGAACCGCUUCAAUUCUCUACCAUGUCAGAUCACCAGAUCGUCGAAUUAUUCGAUAAUGAAGAAGCGACUCUCGGUAUUAGUCCCACGAACUUGCAGCUAGGUGACACGACUGGAAUGGAGUGGCUGGACUGGUUCGAUUUUUACGGAACAGUUCAAAAUCAGUAGAGUCUUUACAACAGACGAUUUCAUCUUUAUGAAAUGACUCGCAUUUGCUGUGUGAUGUACACAAGACAAGGAGAAUAGCAUAUCACUCUGUCUAUCACUCAAACGGGGAAGAUGUUUCUUGCUUACCCACGAUUGUUAAAGAAGCAAAUUCUAAGCUUUCAAACGCAACAAUGAAUCGAUGGGACGGGGUUGAAAUCGCAGAAUCUCAAAAGAAGCAGAGAAAUCCACCAUAUCAUCACAUCUCUCACAGCCCCAUUCUUAUCAACAAACAAAAACGUGGUAGAUAUCCAUACGCGGUGUUUCUUGUGUGAAGCUGCGAAAUGACAUUCGGCAUCACUUGUACGAGCUGCUAAGGGGCGGCGAUCUCGUCGCCAUCUAAUAUUGAUUAGCGAUAGAGUAGACAAUGAAGAAGAAAACAGAGUAAUAAAUAUCUACAUAUUUUCUAGUGAUCCGGCCGAUCAGGAUAUGAAGUAGAAAAGAUAGCUGAAAACUCAUUUCGCUGCGGGAUUGCAGAAGGGAAGGGAAGAUUUGCUCACGUAUGUGUAUCCGACGUUGGAGAUUGCGAUUCGGUUCGCUAUCCAUUGUAUUUCGAGCUUAUUAGAUCGAUCUAGGAUAUAAUAAGAUUGUAAUUUUUUUUCUUCUCCUCGUGUCUUUCUGGUAAUAACGCAGAUGUGAUGUGGUGGAUAGAUAGGUCUAUUAGGACAGCAAGUUCUUGCGGGAGCUGGGAACUCGGAUACGUUGUUUGCUUGCUUGCUUGCUUGAUGAUACUUGGAAUCUGGAUAAGAAGAAUCGAUCGACUCUGCGAUGCGGAAACCAGGAUAACACUUUUCUCCUCCGAUUCGAAAAUAUCAUAUCAAGUUAUUUGACGAUUCAUGUCCCUAUAUAUAUAUGCAUGUAUGUAUGUAUCCAUGCAUCCCUCCCACCUACCAAUUAAAUAAAUCUAUCUAUCUAUAGCA